ACACACGCCAUUCCUCAUGAUAUUCAAGCGCAUCCCAAGCUUCACAUGGUGUUGUCAAGAAACUCGAGAUCGGCGAAAAACCCUUAUGUGAGAAAUUUGGUCGCACAGAAAACAGGUGAUUGA